AUGGAUCUACAGUUUGAAACAAUGGUCGGAUAUUAUCUUAACGUGUGUUUGCUCACACCGGUCAUUCUUUUCGGACUAGUUGGAAACUGUCUGAGCAUGUUAACGUGGGGUCUUGGCUGUCAUAGAGAAACAUCAACUGCUGUCUUACUAACAGCGCUAGCGGCAACGGACACUAUCGUCCUCACGAUGCCCGCGUUAGAAAUGUGGGCGUAUGAGGUUCUGAACUACUGGUUGAGAUUACCAAACGUCGUCUUCUGCAAGAUAUUCGCCUGGGCUUCGUACUUUGGACCAUCGGUCAGCUCAUGGAUAAUUGUUCUCAUCACCAUGGAACGGUUUGUGAGUAUUUGGUUUCCAAUGAAAGUGAGAUAUUUGUGCUCUCGGUCUAAAGUCAGGAUGUUUAUCGUUGGAGUAUAUGUGUUCAUGGCUAUUAUGUACAGCCCAUUUCUGUUCGUCACGGACUUACGACCCGAUCGCGACAAUUUGACAGCGUUCAGCAAUACCACGUGCAGUAUGGAUCGGCCGAAUGGAACAUUCUUUAAAUAUUUUUUCCCGGUUUGGAUGUGGCUGGAUAUGAUUGUGUUAUUUAUAGUACCAUUUUUCUUCGUCGUGUGCGGAAACAUUUUGAUUUUGUACAAGCUGAUAAAAAGUCGGAAAAUUCACCGGAAAGGUGGACCGCAAGCGUCAACGAGAACAAAAGUAGCCAACGCCUUCACUAUCCGCGCUAUAGCUAUCAGCAUAAGUUUACUCGUCUGUCUGUUUCCGGUGUCUAUACAGGAAGUAUACCACGCCCACAUGGGCAGCAGUCCGGCGGGUUUGGUUCACGUGAUAGUCAGGAUAUUAUUGUACGCGAACAGUGCCUUUAAUUUCAUAUUAUAUUGUGCUAUAGGGUCGGGGUUCAGAAAAGACAUGAAGGCUGUGUUGAUGACGCUGUGUACGAGAAAGAAGGUUAGAAUUCUCAAUGCUGAUGGGAACAUGAGUUCACAUUUUAGUAGAGUUCAAACUGAUGCCAUGUAG